AACAAACAUUUAUAUGCCUUAUAAAUAAUAUGAAUUUUUGUUAAUGUAUUGUAUGAUAUAUGAAUUCGGAAGGAGAUGUUAAUGAUUAAAUUCAAAAAUUAUACAUGUUGUUCGAAUACAAAAGCGUAUUUGAAGUUUCCAAAUAUUUUAUUAUUAUCGGAUACGUAAAAGGUGUAUUCGAUACGUAUCCUCAAGUAUCUGACGAGUAUCAUAUUCGAUACGGGUACGACAUCAUCAACAAAGUAUCCAUGUUUCAUAGCUCACAUCUCUUAUCAAACACAUGCACUACACAAGACUCACUUUCCUCUCACACACAUUUUUGUUGAUGUUCACUCUCCUUUUGUCUUCCAAUGUAGUAACAAAGAGAGCAGAGAGAGAGAUAAAGCAUGGAAGAAGGCCUAUUAUUUGUUGGAACUAGAGAUACUCCAAGUGGUGACUCCACUGCAACAGCUGUUGUUAUUCUCAGCACCUUUGUUGCAGCCAGCGGUUCCUUAACUUAUGGGUUUGCUGUUGGAUAUUCAUCUCCUGCUGAAUCUGGUAUCAUGGAAGACUUGGGCCUCUCUAUUGCAGAGUAUUCAACAUUUGGUUCAUUAUUGACAUUUGGAGGAAUGUUUGGUGCAUUAAUAAGUGGCAAAGUUUCAGAACUCAUUGGGCGGAGAAGUACAAUGUGGCUCAUGGAAAUAAUUUGCAUCAUUGGUUGGCUUGCAAUUAUUUUUGCAAAGGGUGCUUGGUUGCUUGACAUUGGAAGACUGUCAUUGGGAGUUGGAGCUGGACUUCAUUGCUAUGUGGCACCUAUAUAUGUUUCAGAAAUCACACCCAAGAAUAUUCGAGGAGGAUUUACAACAGCUAUUACAUUUACAGUUACUUGUGGCUUUGCACUAAUGUUCUUCAUUGGGAAUUUCGUGACUUGGCGCACCUUGGCUCUCAUUGGGACUAUACCUAGUCUGAUACAGGUUGUUGGUGUAUUCUUUAUACCAGAGUCUCCAAGAUGGUUGGCAAAGAUAGGCCAUGAAAAAGAGGUAGAAGCAACUCUACAGCUUCUCAGGGGUAAAAAUGCUGAUAUUUCUCAGGAAGCAGCUGAUAUCAAAGAUUAUACUGAAACCCUUCAACAGCUUUCGAAAUCCAGAUUUCUUGACUUGUUCGAUCGCAAGUAUGCCCAUUCACUUAUUGUUGGAGUUGGUCUAAUGCUUCUGGUCCAAUUUGGAGGGCCUGAUGCAAUUUCAUCAUAUGCAAGUUCAAUUUUCAAAGCUGCAGGUUACUCUGGUGGUCUUGCAACUACAAUGAUGGCUAUUACUCAGCUUCCGUUUGCCGCUCUUAGUAUGCUUCUAAUGGAUAAAUGUGGACGGCGUCCACUUUUGAUGGUUACUUCCGCUGGAGCAUGCUCAGGAUGCCUUCUUGCAGGACUGGGGUUCCUUUUGAAGGCGCAUUAUCAAGGGGAGGAGCUCACUGCCAUAUUUGUGCUCGCUGGCAUACUGAUAUAUUCUGCAUUUUUUUCAAUGGGCAUGGGUGGUACACCAUGGGUUAUUAUGUCGGAGAUAUUUCCUAUAAACAUAAAGGGCCCAGGUGGAAGUCUUGUGACUUUGGCAAACUGGUUUAGUUCUUGGAUUGUUACCUAUGCUUUUAACUUCGCAUUCGAAUGGAGCUCAGCAGGGGUAUUCUUCAUGUUUGCUAUCAUUUGCUGUUCACUACUUGUAUUUGUUGCAAAGUUGGUGCCUGAGACAAAGGGCCGAACACUAGAAGAAAUUCAAGCAUCGAUGACCUUACUCCAAUAA